UGCCCCAAGUCCAUAAGAAUAUUACCAUUCUUUUUCUUCGCCGCCUUUCUGCUGCCAAUUUUUCCCAUUAAUUUUCCGCCGGCGGAGAUAUGGAGCAGGAUGAUCAGUAUCUUCUGAAAGAAUUGGUGAUGAGUGAAAUCCUGAUAAGGUUGCCGGCGAGAUCACUAGGGCGGUUCAAGUGCGUGUCAAAGUCAUGGUGCUCCACCAUUAACAACCCUUCAUUCAUCGACCAGCACAUCCUCUACCAUCACCCCCAAAACCACACCAACAAUAUUAAUAACACCACCAAUCUUUAUUUGCUCUUGAAUACUGGCUAUAGUUUUGCACGUAAAACUACUAUUCGCAGGCUUUCUUACGACAACCUAGCAGCCGUGCAGACAAAACAACCUCCAAUCCCAACUCGCCCUCUUGCUGGACGAGCUGGCGUCACCUGUUGUUGCAACGGUCUCUUGUUGUUUUCUGAUCUUGUUAGACGCAACUGGUUGCUAUGGAACCUCGCCACCGGAGAGACAAAGCGUCUUCCAACAUCCUCUUCCCCUAUUCUCAUGAAGAAAAGCGAAGAUAUUUUGUUCUACAAUGUUGGGUUUGGUUUCGCUGCCCAAAGUAUGGAUUACAAGGUGGUCAUGAUGUACAACCUCCUUGACAGUCAUCCCGGCGAAGAUUCCAUUGAGGUUGAGAUGUACAGCUUAAAAACAGACUCUUGGAAAAGGAUACCUACCAGUCCUUCUCAGGGGUUUUCAAACAUCGAUCAAUUUUGUCCCGGUGUGUUCAGCAAUGGAAUGCUUUCUUGGAAAGCAAGUCAUAAGGAAGGUUGGGAUAAGAUUGUUUCGCUAGACCUCAGGUGUGAGAUGGUAAUAAUUACACCCUUGCCUAGUUGUAUUAGUCACCCUCGUUCUGAUAACACUCGUUCUGAUAACAAGUAUAAUUAUCCUUUGGUCUAUAAAGGAGAGUCCUUUGCUCUCCUUAAUCAUUAUUGUUUCAAAGAUGGCCCGUUAGGAAAAAGUUUUGAUUUAUGGGUAUUGGGUGAGUAUGGUGUUAAAGAGUCAUGGAACAAGCUAUUUACUAUUGGACCUCUUCAAGGAAUUGAUCGGGUAUUGGGCUUUUGGAAGGAUGGCAAGGUGUUUGUUGAAAAAAAAAGAUUCAUUUGGGAGACGAAUUCAGGUGGGGUUAUCCUAAAGGAAAUGCAUGAGAAAGAGCUCCUUUUGCUUGAUACUGCUACACAAGAAACAACUAGUCUACAAAUUUACGGACUUACUGACUUGUUUACCUAUAGAGAGACUCUUGUUCCUCUUAAUUAA